AUGUCUCAAGCUUCUCCGUCCGAAGAGGCUUCGGCUUCAAACUCAGCCUCCCCUCCUCCAGGAAAACCUAGGCGCGAGGGCAAUGAAUCUCUAUGGAAGCGGGCAAGACGCACUUUGGGCACCAAUUCUUUGACCUUUUUGCAACCCACUACUAGACCCGCUGGAACGGCGGCUCCUGCCACAGGAUCUGGUCCGGCCGCGCCAAGUAAAAGGAGGGAGCAAGUGCGGCAUGCGCAACGUACCCAUCGUCAGCGGACGCAGAACUACAUCAAGACUCUAGAAUCCGAAGUCGUUCGUCUUCGAGAAGCUGAAAUGAGCUUGAUGCAAGAACGAGACAAACUCCAAAGCCAAAUCGUUAAUUUGAAAAACACCAUCAUCUUAUCCAACAUUCCACUCCCAGAGGGUACAGAAGACGUCGGAACAUCCUCACCACCCCUUCGACCAUUUGCCGAUCUCGACAUGCCGGCAACAGUCUCAUACUCCAAUGACGCUCUUAACCAUCCACGUCUGCAUGUCAACUUCCCUCAACGUCAAGAACCUACUAGCCAAGGAUUGGACUACCCAACCCAAACCUACCCUCUUUCCUCACCCUACCAAGAGCAUCAGCAGUACACCAAUGUUCCUCAAUCUGCGCCGGACCUCCCCAACGACUUCUCACUCAACACGAUAAAUCUCUCGUCAUCAAGUUCAAAAAAAGGCCCCCCAGCGAAUGCCAACGCCACCAUCGUUGUCGACACAAUAGAAACAGCCAUCGAUUUCGUCCUCGCGCUGGAACAUCCAUGCAUGCCACAUAUUCCCUAUCAAGACCCUCCUUCUGCCGAUCCAGCCAACCAUAUGAUGAUGGCCUCGACACCGCUGAUGGCUCGAUCGCCGGAGCCUCCGCAGUUCAAUUCGACGUGGACGGCAAGUGGCGCGAUUAUCAAAGAGUUGCUGAAUUUAUCAUCGAGCAUCAAUCUUGAAGGAGAGAUCACGCCGGUGGAAGCGUGGCAUAGACUACACGAUCAUCCAGACUUUUGGAAGCUUGGAAGGGAUCAGAUUGAGAAUUUGAAGCGAGAGCUCAGCACAGCGGUCACGUGCUGCGGAUUCGGCGCAGUACUGGAUGAGAAUGUAUUUUGGGACGCUGUGAAUCGAUCCUUGGCUUCUAGUGCGGUUGCGUCUUAUGCGAAGCAGAACUGA